GGAGGCAAUGAAAAUAUCCCUUGAAGACUUUUCUCAAGUGAUGAAUGUAGUAUCGCAAUAUCAUGCACCAAGCACCACUAAGAUGAAGGAAAAGACAAUUCACCUAAUGUGUGACCCAUUUAGCCAACUGAAGCUUCUAUUUGCUACAGAGGCAUACAGCAUGGGAACAGAUGUAACAAAUAUUCGGCGAAUCACACAUUUUGGUUCCCCAUCAAAACUGGAAACGUACUUGCAGGAGGUAAGAAGAGGUGGAAGGGAUGGAGCCAAGUGCAUCGAAACUCUAUUUUAUAAUGCCAGUGAAAUAGGAAGCAACGUCAAAAACAUGAAAGAAGUCUAACAGUUUUGGGUGCUAAAAACAUGCAGGCGAACAUUUCUCACUGACCACUUAGGAUUUUAUUAUGAACAAAAUAUGACACCACAUACAUGUUG